GUCUGUCUGUCACUGUCUGUUUCCAUCCGUCUGUAUGAGAUUGUGUUACCCUCGCACAGAUGCUUGCAUGGCAUUGCUCUGUCUCCCCCACCUCAUCACCUCCAUUGCUAUUAAUUCAGGACCAAGGAUGCUCUGCAGGGUAAAUAUCCCCCAGCCCGAAUUUCCAACUGAGGUAGAUAGGACGGUGGCCCUCGGGGUUAAAAGAAUUUUGCUGUAUUGUCUGCUUCAGGUUUGAAUCAUGAGCAUUCUUAACAAAAUGGUUAAAAACCCUGAUGUUUAAUUGCAAACUCAGCUGGUGACUUGUGAUUUUAUUUCAUGCAUCAUGCAACAAUUGCUCUUUUUCUGUAUUUAAACUCAUGUGCUGUGGGUUUUGUUUAUCUUGUUAAACCAAAACACCUUUCAAACAGUUCUCGCUAUGUUAACGGGGUUUUAUUUCUUAGUUCAGUACUAUGUGUCCAUACCACAUUUCACUUGUUUUCCUCUUCCAUUUAAUGAAGAAAAUCUCUCUAGUUACUUCAUGUCCUGUUUUUUUGUUUUCUUUAAAUAACUUUAGGCAAUUUUAAAUUAAGUAUUUUUCUUCACCAUUUGUGCUGUCACGUUUAUGUAACAUGUGCCCGCCUGCAUAUGAGAUUCAUAGAAAUAGCUAAGGUAUUGCAUGUUCUUGAAUUCACUCGUACUGUAUCUGAACAUUAAAAAAUGUCUUUUCAUUGAAGAAGACAGGGGUUAAAAUGAAUGAAGAUCUGAAGGUUAAUUUAAGCUGGCUGCCUCAAGAUCACUUAGAAGCCAGCUCUCCAGAGAAUAUCUCAACUGCAGUCUCCUCCCUGAUUCCUGUCGUAGACCCAGAACCAGAGCUCAUAGUAAACCCCUGGGACAUUGUUUUGUGUACUUCAGGAACCCUUAUCUCCUGUGAAAAUGCCAUUGUGGUCCUUAUCAUUUUCCAAAAUCCUAAUCUUCGUGCCCCCAUGUUCCUUCUGAUAGGCAGCCUGGCACUUGCAGACCUCUUAGCAGGAAUUGGAUUGAUCAUCAAUUUUAUUUUUGCCUAUCUUCUACAAUCAGAAGCUACAAAACUGGUCACUAUUGGACUGAUUGUUGCCUCUUUCUCUGCAUCUGUCUGCAGCUUGCUGGCUAUUACUGUUGAUCGUUACCUCUCAUUGUAUUAUGCUUUGACUUAUAAUUCAGAAAGGACUGUCACUUUUACUUAUAUCAUGCUUAUUUUGCUCUGGGGAGCAUCUAUCUGUAUUGGACUGCUGCCUAUAAUGGGCUGGAACUGCCUCAAAGAUGAAUCCACCUGCAGUGUUAUCAGACCGCUCACUAAAAAUAAUGCAGCUAUCCUUUCAGUCUCUUUCUUGCUCAUGUUUGCUCUCAUGCUGCAGCUCUACAUUCAAAUUUGUAAAAUUGUGAUGCGCCAUGCCCAUCAGAUUGCCUUGCAACACCAUUUCCUGGCCACAUCCCAUUAUGUGACCACCCGAAAAGGAGUGUCUACUUUGGCCAUUAUUUUGGGGACCUUUGCUGCUUGUUGGAUGCCUUUUACACUCUAUUCUUUAAUAGCAGAUUACACGUAUCCUUCAAUAUAUACCUAUGCCACUCUCCUGCCAGCCACCUACAAUUCCAUCAUCAAUCCUGUAAUAUAUGCUUUUAGAAACCAGGAAAUACAAAAAGCAUUUUGGCUCAUCUGCUGUGGCUGUAUCCCUUCUAGCCUGUCUCAAAGAGCAAGAUCACCUAGUGAUGUUUGAUUAACAGCUAUGAGGACUUUAUUUAGCAUUUUGUUUUUCAAAAAUUCCUGCAACAAUCUUUGGUUAGAUAUAGUCCUUAGAUUGUACAUAUCUAAAUCAUAUUCAAGCCACAGGAUGCACUGACCCUUUUGUAAAGAGAAACCCCAUUAACCGAAAUGAACUCAGUGGUUUAAGGAAGAUUUCCAAAAUCAAAAUGAUUAGUGUUCUUUCAAAUUAUAUUGUUGCUCAGGUUCUAUGAAUAGACUAAACCGGUCAUUCACAUUCACUAUGAUUCUAAGUUAACUUUAUUAAUUAAAAAAGGUAGACUGAUGAAUUAUAGCCUUUUUAAAAUAGUUUAUGUGCUUGAGCUCAGUUAUACUGCAUGAUUUUUCUGUUGUCAGAAAUUCUCUCUCUUCUUAGCCUUAGUGAAACAGUAAAGAAGACUAUGUCCUUGGUUCUGUUAACAUAAACUAAAAUGUAUAUCAUCAAUUUAAAAUAAUGACCCAAUAACUAUUGUUUCAUUUGGUAUUUAUUGUAAUACUUUCUGGACCAUUAAUUUGCUAAAAUGAGGAAGUACUUGUGCAGGUUUACUGUUUUAUAUCUCAGUAUAAAUUGAUCAGUAUUUUAAAAUGUUACCUAUUUUCUCAUGAGUUCUAGAUAGAUGCUAGAAUAGAAUAUACAUUUAGUCUUUACUACUGCUUUGUUUCUUUUCAAAAAUCAACUAUACAUUUUUUAAAAUAUAGGACAUCAGGGCCUAUUGUAAUAUUGAUUUUUAAGCAGAAUUCCUCAUUUAAAUGAUGGAGAUUUCUACUCAGAAAUCUAUGGCACAAUAUGGCCUCUAGGAAUUAUGCAUUGUAAUAGGUGCAGCAUUUUAAGUUUCUUUGACAGAUUAAUAUUUUCAGAAGUGUAUAAGGAAAUAUUUAAUAAAAUAACUUGCUUAAAAUAGUAUAUUUUUAGUACCUACAGUAAAUGGUUCCCUAAAGGUUGCUAUUGAUACACAAGUGUUAUUUCAUGUUCUCAUUGUUCUGCUAUGGUUUCAGAUUCUGAAGUUUGAAAAUUCUUUGAGCAUGUCAGGUGCAUAAUUGUAUGUAGCAAAAAUGCCUACGGAACAUAUUUUCUGCUAUUCUAAUAAUUUAAUCUUUGAGUCCAUCACAUAUUAUAAUGCUCAGUACUAUAUGCAUAUCAUUUCACUUCAUUCUAAGAUAAUACUCCUUGUGUAAAAGGCAAAGCUUCCUUUCAUGAAUGGUUUAAUUUAAGCUGCUUCUGAUCUUUUCCCUGAAGCCACAUUAGAAUUAUUAGAACAAAAAAUGUUGUUUUCUAAUAACAAGGUUGUAUUGACAGAAGAAAAAGCUUACUGGAAAAAAACACACCUGAUUUUGGAUUUCUUUGUUAAACUUGAGGUAUAUUCUCAUAUCAGUGAAUGGGAAUUUAUAGUAAAACUUCCAUUAGUGCUGAUGGAAGUUACAAGUAUAAAUGCCUAGGCACCAAUAUGAGGGUGUAGUCCCCUGAAUAUCAAAGUAAAUAUACUAUAUUGUUGCUUUAGUAUCUUCCAUUAUAGUUUAAAAAAAAUCUCAAAUUUUGAUGAAAAAUAUACCUGUACAGUAUAGAGAGUAUACACUACUAUACUGCUGCCACUCAAUCUUUUCAAAUGGUAUCUUUCCUUUCGUUUAAACUUUUGGAACACUGUAGCUUUUGUGGCAAACUUCUGUGACAUUAAUAAUCCAUAUGCUAUACCCAGAACUAAAUUUCAAAUGUGAGUCACUUGUAUAUUAGCAAUAAUUUAUUUUGGUUUCAAUGCCAGAUUCAAAUUCCAUUAUUUACUUGGUUCAUGAUAUCUGGCUAUUACUUUGCAUUAAUCUAAUCAAAUUUAAUAUUGUAUGGUGGCGACCUUAUCUUGACAGGACUGUGCUCUUGCAACUCCCGUUGGCUUCAGGUGUAGGUGUUCAACACCCACUGAAAUCUCCCCUCAAACUAUAUAGGAUAUUUGUGUUCUUUAUCUAUCUCUGAAUAUUAAUGAAGUUCUAGUAGUUACCAGUUUUCUAUUGUUUAUAAGAAAUCAUCACUUCAUAAAUACCUAUGAUGUAUAUAUACCUGAUUUUUUUAUAUAUAUCUAUACACACAUACAUACAUACAUACACACACACUCAAAGUAUCAAAUAUUGGAAAUUAUUGCUAGGAUCAUUUGUUAACAUUUUGAAAUGAAUUAUGCAUAAGGGUCACAAAUGCUAUUUGCUUGUUAACAGACACAGAUAAGACUUGUUAAAACUAUACAAACAAAACCUACCCCUCUCUUCCUCUAUCCUUUCCUUGAGUUUGGUCAGUUGCAUCAAAGUGCCAAUAACUGAUCAGGACAAACACCUACAGUUGUGACUAAAAUUCUGUCCCAAGAGGAAUUCUGUCCCAAGAGUUUGGUCCACUUCUAUCUAGGUACUAAUAUGCCCCUCCAUUACCAGAGUAUCUGAGCACCUCACAAUUAUUUUAUGUCUUUAUCCUCACAACAGGCCUGUGAGGUAGGGAGGGACUAUCAUCCCCCGUUUACAGCUGGGGAACAGACACUCAGUGACACCCACUGACUUGCCCAAGGUCACUCAGGAAAUCCAUGGCAGAGCAUAGAAUUGAACCUCAGUCUCCUGUGUAGCAAUCUAGUUCCCUAACCACUGGACCAUCCUUCCUCUUCUCUUGCCCCCCUUCUCUUCCAGUCUGGAUCAUGCCUUCCUGUGGCAAAACCCAUAGCAUGGGGCUCUGGAGAAGAAAUCUGUGAUUUCAGUGGUUGUUCCAUCAGAGAGAUUCCCACCCCCUUGCCCAAGUAGCCCAUUGUACUUACCAACAAAUCUGGCAGAUCUCCAGAGAUCUGUAGGAGGCCACAGUUGACCACAUGGAGGCUGUAUGCCUCUGCACUGGCUCUGGUCUGGUAGGAGGGUUCAGCAGAAAAUAUCCAAGGAUGCCAGAGGGGGACAAUGUGGAUCCCCACCAUAACCAUAUCCUCUCCUCUGCUCCUGGCUUAUCUGAUGUUCACCUCCUCACUCAAUGUGGAACUUAGACCUGUAGAUCAGCCAGGGAAGAAACUACACUCUUCUUCCAUGCAGGAUCAGAGAGAUUUGUACCAAGAGGGUCCUCUUCACAUGCAGAUCUCAGGACACCAUCUGGGCUGAAUUUAGGAUAGAGAUGGAUUAAAAUUACAGAGUAAUGUUUAGAUGGGGCAAAUAGUGUUUCUACAAUCUAGCCCUAAGUGAGGGGCAGUGCCUGUAGGUGCACUACUUCAGAAACAGGCCAGCAAUCAAAUUGUGACUUCAGAGCCAUUACCUUGCACUUGAUGUUACUCUGGUCACUUUAAUAGCUUGAAUGAUCUGGACUCUCUCUUAUAAAGAUGUUCUUAAACUCAAAAGGCUCUUCAGUAUUAGUCCUGAUAGAGGCCAAAACUCUGCUCGAAGUCAGUAAGUUUGGCCUAUUUAGGACUACAGGGUUGAGCCCAAAAUUAUGUAACUGUAAAAGUAACAGUCCUGAGGUAAAUACUGCAUAAUAUACAACUGAAUGACCUUGUGUUCAGAUCUGCGUAUUAAACACUUGCCUCACCAGAUUCAGUAGUUCAACAAGAAGAAAUGCUUCUUAAAAGCCAGUUGACUCCACAGAAGUAGAUGGUUCUGUCCAACAUUCUUUUCUAGUUUCUGUAUCUAGACAGUUCUGUCUUAGGCCACAGUUCUGCAAAUUGUUCCAUGUGGGCAGAGCUCAGCACAACAUGGAAUCCCCCUGAAGUUAGUGGGACUCCACACAGACACAGGGACCUGCCCCCAUUGGAUAACUUGAAGGAACAUGUAAUAUUGAACAAUACUAGUGCCAGAGGGGUUAAAUUGACCAUUCUUAGCAAUAUUGGGAUUCUUCACAGCUCAGUCAUCAAUUCAAGUGUUUUUAAAAUGCACAUGCAUAAUUUAAUUAAAAGAAUGUUUACUUUGUUUUAAAUUAUUAAAAUGCUAGAUCUAUUGUUAGUAAUAAGUUGUAUCUUUAAUGUUGAAACCUGUUGCAGCCCGUGGUUUGUGUACCCAAACCUAAAAGCUUUUGCUAUUUUUUUAUUUUUCCUAGCAUUUAACAUUUUAGCAAUAAUGCAAAAAAACAAAAGCUUUUGUUAUAAGAGCAAUAAAGUCCCAAUAAAAUAAAGUUUAUAUAAGCUGUAGAGUCAAAGCAAUAGUGAGGAAGCAAUAAAAUCAUUAGAUAAAAUAGUGUGUUUCAAUAAGCAAAUCUCACCUGUGCAAGGACUUUAUGUAAGCAGAAUUCAUACUUUACUGUUAGGCACUGAUUACAGUAUUACAUGGGACAUUGUUUCAGGCUGGUUGCAUUAUGAUCAUUGAAGUUAUUGUGUUGAAAUUUUUGUGGAUAACUGUUUAUCUCAAUUUUCAUAUCCUGAAUUCUUAAUAUUUCCAAGACAGCAUUAUGUUAAUGUAAUAGGUAUUUCUAUGGAAUGUAUUCUUUUAUAUCAUUUAAAAUUUAGUUUAUAGAACAGUGUUAGUAUAAUUUUAAUUAUAUGCAGAGUUUCAAGUUUUAGGUUAAUCUAAAUAAAAAAUCAUAGGUUUUCACAAGACCUACACUGAAAGUACCCCAAAUUUACAAUGUUUGCAAUGUUGAAAAUAGUGGAGCCUCCAGAGGACCAUAGAGAUCAGAUUAUCCAUGCUCAUUGGCCGCUGAACCCCAAUUUUGGAGUAUGAGUAUGAAAGGCACAUGAUUUUGGUAUAAUUGAAGAACACAUCCUCCACCUCCCCCAUGCCCAGCCCUGUUUAAAGCAAGCAAAAAGCUCUACUUUGCAGUGUGCAGGGGAUGCUGGCACCCCAUCAUUGCCUGCUUCCCAUAUCUCUGUAAUAGAAGUUAAGUGGUGUAAAGGGCCUUGUCCCAUCCCUCAUCACGGAAGGGCCUAAUCUAAAACUUACUGAAGUCAGUGGAUGGUCUCCCAUUGUCUUCAUUGGCUUUUUGAUCAGACUCAGGUUGAAUUUCACCCCCAGCUCAUUCUUUUCUCAUUACCUCCUUUUCCUCCCUACUAUAGUUACUAAAUAUUUCACAUAGUGAUAUCCAAGACACCAAUUGUUUCCCUGUGUUUAGAAUAGAAGAUAAUGCUGAUAGCUCAGGUACCAUCCAAAAAUAAAAAAAGUAAUUGCAUACAUAAUGUGAAAAGCUUGAAAGCAAAAAUAGGAGAAUUAGAAUGUCUGGCAAUGGAAAGAGAUUUUAACAUUAUGGGCAUUUAGGUGGAAUGGAGAAAGGAAUGAUAUACCUGGCUGUAUACUAUAUAGAAUGGACAGACUAAGUAACAGAGGCAGAGGAUUAUCACUGUGCCAGAAAGGUUGAACAGCAUCUCAUGAGAUCACAUUUCUGGCCAUACAGAGUAUCUUACUGGAUGCAAAUCUUAAGUGUAAGAAUAAAAGUACACUGUUAGGGUACCACUGGCCUCCUGAUCAGGAGAAAGAUAUUGAGAGCACACUUUUGAGAAGAAUCAAAGAUGCAAUUAAAUAUAGAGUAGUAAUGGGUGACGUCACCUAUCCUCAUAUAGACUGGUUAGAUGUCACAUUGGAAAGAGGUUUAGAGCAGUGGUUCUCAAACAGGGACCCGGGGCCGCAAGCAGGUUUCAGGGGGUCCGCCAAACAGGAC